AGAAAGCAUUUCAUCAUCAGAUUCGAUUUAUGAUACUCAACUGAUUGACUUUUCAAAACAGUUCAUCAUGAUCUCACUUCUCCUGAUCACCAUCGCACUCCUCAAACUCGUCUCUGCGGACAAUAUCCUGGUGGUGAUAGAGGAUUCCUUCAAACAAAAUGAUUAUAGUCGAUUCUGGUCUUCAAUUCAAUCCCGGGGUCAUCAACUUUCCUUCCGUGCGGCAAAAGAAUCAUCUCCUCAACUGUACGAGCAUGAUCAAAUCUCAUUCCAGCAUCUCAUCAUCUUCGCGCCUACGACCAAGUCUUUUGCCGAAGACCUUUCACCACAAAGGCUUGUUCAGUUCUUAGAAGACGGUGGUAAUAUUCUUGUGGGCGCUUCAAGCAAUUUAUCCGAGUUCUGGCGUGAUUUCGGCAGAGAGUUCGAUAUUGAUUUCGAUCAUAAAGCUAGCGCUGUUUUCGAUCACUUUUCUCAUAUCGGACAGGAUUCAGCGACUGUUGUGACUAGUCUUGAGCGAGGUCCAUUGAUAGACGAUCAAGUGAUCAUUCCUCAAUCAACUCGAUCAUCCUCUGCUUCUAAUGUGAUCUUUCGUGGUAUCGGGCACUCAGUUGGAAAGAACCCGCUGUUGAUCAGCGUUCUACGUGCCAGUCCUGUUGCUUACAGUGCUGAUGCUGAGCUCAAGGAUCCAGCAGACACAGAUCCUUUCAUCACAGGAGAGGAGAUUGGGUUGAUCACUGGAUUUCAAACUCACAAACAAUCGAGAAUAUUGUUCGUAGGAAGUGUCGAAUUUUUCUCUAACACAUUUGGCGAGACAGAAAUUCAGGCGCCUGACGGUAAAAAAUCACAAGCCGCCAAUUCCAAAGUGAGCGCUGAAUUAGCAGCAUGGGUUUUCCAGAACUCUGCCGUACUUCGUAUCCUCUCAUCAACGCACCGAAAAGUCAAUGGUGUAGAAAAACCUGAGAGAUACUGCAUCAACGACCAGAUUGAGUAUAAAGUAGAUGUUCAAGCUUUGAACAACGGUGAAUGGGGCCCAUACUCUGUGACCGACAUGCAACUGGACUUUACGAUGCUCGAUCCUCACCUUCGCAUGUCACUCAAGCCGACCAAUUCGCGACAUGGCAAUUAUACCACCUAUUCUUCUGUUUUCCGUGCACCUGACAGGCAUGGAGUCUUUACCUUCCGAGUCGAUUAUCGUCGAAGGAACGGCAUGUCACAUCUCAAAGAUACUCUUCAAGUCAUGGUCACACCUCCUGAUCAUGAUCAACAUCCCCGUUUUCUUUCUGAUGCUUACCCUUACUAUGUUGGAAGUUUGAAUGUUUUGGUCGGAUUUGUAUUGUUUAGUGCAGUCUGGUUGAAGCACGUCCCUGGAGGCAGUAAGAAGGCGCAAUAAAAACUUCAAAAGAAAGUGCUUUAUCUCUGUCGGAGACAUGACUGCUUUGUUUUUGGCCUAGGGUGUGCCUGCUCUAACAUGUGACAGCUGUCUGGCGACAUAAGUAAAGCCACGAUUAAGCCUGUCUGGGGACCUGGAUAACACCCCCGCAAACAUCAAGCUCAUUGCAAUCUCGCAUUCAAUUUGAACGCAUUAUUAUCGUCUCUCAUCUAAUCUCUCCAAGAAGGCCUUCAUACAUAACUUCAUGACAGUACCGAGUGACCUACAUCACAAAAUAAAGGGCACGGAAAAGCCCAGUGGUAGUUUCGAAGUGAUCAUGUCCAUAUUAGCUCAUAAUGCUCAAAUUAUGGUCUGCAAACAUUGAGGUAAACUG